UACCAGAGUAAUUUUUUUUGCAGCGAUGUGCGUGAAUUAUUGCUCAGAGUGGAUGAUGCCAAAGCCUUAAGAAUCUUGUAAUAUUCCUCGCACUGGUCGUGUGAGGGGUGAAUUCGGGGGAAUGUAUUAUUUCCUUGAGCCGAGUUUCUCCGAAUGGAGGAUCGAAUCUGUGGUAGUUCGUCGUGAUCGAUAAAAUAUCCGUCACGAUGGCCCUCGUUUCUGAGGAAGUGCCAGCUCUGUCAACCGAAGCCAGGGCUGCGGACUUCGAUGCUUGUGUCCGACGUUUUUGUCAGAUUGAAGAUCCUUUGGAUUCCCUGAUUACUUGGGUGCAAUCUUUGUAUGACGCAAAUUCUACUGGAGACGACGAAGAUGUAUCCUACCUUCGUUUAACGCAGGGCUGUGCGUUAAUACAAGUUUUUUCUUCAAUAAAUCAAAAACCUUCUGCAUCUCAGCUUCUUGGCAAAAGCCUCUCGAAGGAGGAUCCCCCGAAUAAUUUUUGUGCUCGCCUAAGAAACCUGCAUUCGUUGAUCCAAAGUAUUCAGAAAUUUUAUAAGGAUGUUCUGGGACAGAUCGUGGUGUGUCGACUCCCAGAUUGCAUAUCCUUGGCGAAAUCAGUUGACAUCAUGCUUUCCGAAGUUACCAAACGCCCUGCCGACUUGAAGCUUGACAGGUGGCCCUGCGAAAUGCAGCAGCUAUUGUUAUUGUUGCUCGGCUGUGCCGUGCAGUGUCCUCAAAGGGAAGACUUCAUCAACAAUAUCAAGCUGUUGGACAUCAACGUUCAGCAUGUCAUUGUUACGUGUAUCCAGCAAAUUACGGACGAGUAUUUCACUGUCUGGCCUGUCGAUUGGCUUGACUACAAAAAAGUUCCGGAAACGCAGCGAGAAGGUGCAUUUGCUGCGUUGGUCGGACAUUUGCGCUCUUUGGUCGAUGAAAGAGAUAAAUAUCUGCAGGAAGCUGUUACUGCCGUGGUUACGAUCUCGUCUCGGAAAUCUGAUGAAGUCGAUCCAGAAGGCGAAGAGUCUGAGAAAUCACAACACGCUGCCAGUGCUCCUGACCAAGCUCCUUCGACCUUACAAAGAUUGGGACAAACAAGUCCGGAAUAUCAUCACUUGCUCGUAGAAUUAGCUGAUACCAAAGGCAAGCUGCGGAGAUUACGUCAAGAAGUCGAAGAAAAAUCGGAUGCAGCCUUCGACUUGACGGAAAAGCUGGAGCAGAUGGAAGACGCUUUGGCGAAACUUCGAGCAGAGAACACGCUGUUGUCGCAGGAAGCCCGUGCGUCAAAGCUGCUGCAAGAUGAGCUGGACGUUAUGCGAGAAAAAGCCGCUCGAGCGGAUCAGCUCGAGUCGGACGUGCGGAGUUAUCGGGAAAAAAUGGCCGAGUUUGAGACGUCCAAGUCUCGUGAGGCGGAAUUGCGAGCCGAAAACAAAGUCCUUGUUGAAACGAACGAGUUGUUGGAGGAUCAGUUGGACAGUCUAAGAAGCCGGCAAGAACGGAUGAUCCAGCUUGAGCAGGAAGCUAUGCACCGUUCGUCGCAAAUUCAGCAACUGGAAAUGGAGAAGGAAGCGAAUGAAGUUCAAAUCAAGGACCUGUUGGAGGAAAACUCUCGCCUCUUGCUCUGUGCGCGUUCCCAGGCCGACGAAUCGAGUUUCAUGCUUGUUGAAUUGGAUCGUCUUCGACAUGGAGGAGACAGUAACGCGAGUUUGAGCGAAGAGAUGACGAACGACACUGUGAGUCAUUUGCGACGCCUGGAGCUUGAGAAUCAGAGGUUGCUGUCGAGCAUCAACCAGUUGAAAGAGCAGCACGCGAAUGAAACGAACAAACGCGUGUCGGAUCUGGAGAAGGAAAAGGCGCGUUUGUCGCAGAAGGUAGACAGUCUUCAACAGCAGGCUGAAAAUGAGACAACAAAGUGCGUCAGCAAAGAGGCCGAGCUCAGGGAAUCUCAAGCCGUGAUUGUUCAGAUGAGAGAAGACGUGGAAACCAUAAAGGAGCAUCAUUUGCGUCAACUGUCCGAAACUGAGCGAGAGAAGAACUACUUGGAAGAACUGGUUGGAAUGUUGCGAGUGAGAGAAGAGCAGACGAAGGACACCCGUUUGAAGCAGGUUCAAGAUGACAAUCGAAAUUUGCUGGAAUCCAAUCAGCGUCUGAAGGCGGAGCUUUCUCGACUGGAAUUUGAUCGCGUGCAACUGGAGAAAUUGUCGGAAUGUCUGAAAGCGUCCAACAACCGAGUCCACGAUUUGGAUGAUGCCAACGCUCGGCUUAAACUCGAGGCCGAAGACCUUGCGAAAUCCAUGUCUGCGUUCAAAGCGUUGUGCGUCAAGCACGAAGUCCUCGAAGAAGAGCACACGAAGCUUCAAGUCGAGUUUUCCAAGCUACAAAAAAUCUUGGACUCCAUGAAAUCCAAUGCCAAGAAGUUUGACGUAAUUCAGGAAGAACAUACUGCACUAUCCUUGCAGAACGCCCAGCUAUUGCGGAAGGUGGACAAUCUGGAGAAGAUCACGCUGACGCAGUCGGCGAAUGCCCAGGAAACGAAAGAGUCUCUCAACUGGGAAAUAUCCCAACUUCGUGCCGUUUUGCAAGCGACGAAAGUCGAGCGAUCCAAGUACGACGAGAUGGAACUCGACCUGCUUCGCGUUCGCGGGGAAAACCAGAAGCUCUCUUCUUUGAUUGACGCUGCCAACAAACGCGUCUUGGAUCUCGAGAAAGACAAGCUGGACUUGGAAUCGGAGCACGAGAAGAUUGAAUCAUCGCUCGCCGACUACAAGGCCACCAUUAGGCGUUUGGUUGAGCUCGAACGGAACAACGCCGAGUUGGAAGGCAACAACGUGCAGAUUGCCAAGGAAAAGGCGCAGGUUUUGCGCGAGAUUGCCAAGGUGAAGGCUGUUAUCGAGAGCAAAGACAAGGCCGUCGAGGACGCCUCUGUGAGAAUUAGCACGCUUGAAGCCGAGAACCGGGUCCUGUCGCGAGACAUUCAAGUCCUCAGUGCCGACAACAUGAAAAUCGUGUCGUUGGAGAAAGAGCUGGGUGAGCUGAAGCAAGAGAAACUCGUCGUCGAUAAGACACUGGCCUCGCUUCGUGCGGAGCUGGUGAACGAGAAGAUACGGUCCGACGACUCUCGGCAAUCCCCGGCUGCCCUGGAAGUUGAAAACACCACUUUGCAAGCCCAGGCAGCUUCGUUGUCUGCGCAGAAUUCCCAGCUGCAGGAAUCCACGACGCAGUUGAUUGCGGAGAGGUCGCAGUUGAAUGCCGAGUUGGAGGAGCGACGACAGCGCGAAAAGAGUCUGGUCGCGGAUUACGAUACGCUGCAGAAGCUGCACGAGCAGCUGAGUUGCGAUUACGAGGCGUUGCAAAAGGAGCAGACGACGUUGAAGUCGUCGAACCGGAUCCUCGUCAGGGAUUUCAAGACUCUGCAGGAGAACUUUGAGCAGGCGAGUCGAGGUCAGGAGGCCCUGAACGUUAUGAAGUCGUCGAUUGAAGCCGAGCGAGAGACACUCCGACAGGAAGCAAAAUCGCUGUCGACUCUGCGAGCCGAACAUUCUCGAUUGAAGGACGACUUCCGGUCUUUGUUUGCCGCCAACAAGCGGCUGAAGGAGGAGUACAAGACGUUGCAAAGUGACCACAAGGCAUUGAGAUCGGACAACAGUCUGCUGAGACUCAAGCAGACGGAGCUUCAAGGACAGUUGGAUUCGACACAGCACAAGAUUGCCACAUUGGAGUUGCAGAGGUCGAAACUGGCUCAGCAGUGUGAUGUGUUGGGGAAUCUCAAUUCCACGCUGGAUAAGGAGAGGAAGCACUUGAUGGCUCAGGUCUCCGUGCUGCUUUCGCAAUAUCACGACUUGUUGACGCAGACGCUCGAGGACCGGAAUCACUUCCACAAUGAGGAGAAAAAUUAUGUGUCUCACGAUUUCCUUAUCGUUUUCAGAGAUAAGUUGAACGAUUUGCGGAGGCAGAAAGAAAAAUUGGAGGAGAAAAUAAUGGAGCAGUACCGAAGGAUGGAAAACGUCUCACGGAGGAAAAGUUUUGGGUCAGCAUUGGUUCGAAAGGUGCGUAAGGCGGGAUCCGAGAUUAUGCAGAAGGUUCCCCGUGCGAGCCGAAGUCAGGAGCGACCGAUCGUCGUCGGGGGCCUGUCGAAGAGAUCGUACAAUGUCCACGCGGCGCAUAUGCAUGGCAGCGAUGCGACGGACAGCCAGGAUUCUGCGUCCGUCGCCUCCACCGGUGGCUCGGGAUCCUCGGGUGAUGAUUUGCUGGCGGAUUUGUGCCGAGACGAGGACACCAAGAGUGAGCAGUUCGAAACGUCCUCUGCCGUGUUCCCGGCGGCGUCAACGUCGUCGUCUUCCGCGCCGGGCAACGGAACGGCGUCUCACCGCCACUCAAUGCCGUGUCUGAGCGCGAGCGUGGUGGCGGAAGCACCGCCGAGGAAAACUUCGCAAGACAGCGAAGCCGCUGCCAAGGUGGCGGCUAGCAAGCGACAACCGGGUAGUGCCGAACUGAACCUCGGUCUGGGUCGUCCCGGUACCCGUAGGGCAGUUUAUUACUCUGAAGACGGCGUAGCGAAGGGUUCUGGCAGCAUUGUGGGUUCUGAUUCGAGACGCAGUCCAAAGGUGUUGAGAAGUGCAAAAGGAUUCAUCGGGAAAGCGAGGAUGCCGGAUCCGGAAGAUUGGAACGGAUCGAGCGACGGAGGCGGGAAUGCGGGAACUUGCAUGCCGUCGGGCACGAGGCAGUCGCCGAUUGGGAUGGCGCAGUCGACGCCGGAGCCGCCACCGGGCGCCGACGACACCGUGAGCACGGCGGAAGCAGUGGCCACGUCUACCCCACUCCGAACACCCACAGGCGCUGCCGGGAAAUCAGCACUCCCGCCGUCGGUGGCGCGGCCCAAGCCCCGGGCACCGUCAUCCGUCAAGUCAGCUUUAGGCACAUCGAAAGGACCGUCGUCCGUGAAGUCAACUCCGUGUGGCGGAAGUAGUGGGGACGCCUCGAGAAGCGGUGGCAGCGACGCUGGGGGAUCCGACCCGGGAAAAAUCGAAAAGAAACCCGAUAAUUCCGUGUGGUACGAGUACGGAUGCGUUUGA